AGAAAGUAGAAACUGAAACAUCAAAUAUUGAAAUCAACAAUGGCACCUGCGUCGAUUUGUUUGUGUUGAAUACGUGACAAUUCAUAACAAUUUGGUACACAAGUGUUUGAAUGUUCAUAUUUUAAUUAUAGAAAAAGAUUAAAUUGUACACAAAAUGGGAGUUCCAGCCUUCUUCCGAUGGCUGAGUCGAAAGUAUCCAAGUGUUAUUGUCGAAUGUAUUGAACAGAGGCCAGUCGACGUAGAUGGCCAACUGGUGUUUGUGGACUCAUCACUCCCAAAUCCCAAUGGGGUGGAGUUUGACAAUCUUUACCUGGACAUGAACGGGAUCAUACAUCCAUGCACCCAUCCAGAAGACAAGCCUCCGCCAAAGGAUGAAGAUGAAAUGAUGGUGGCAAUAUUCGAAUGCAUUGACAGGCUGUUCCGCAUUGUGCGACCCAGGAAACUGCUGUAUAUGGCGAUUGAUGGAGUUGCACCUAGAGCGAAAAUGAACCAGCAAAGAUCACGUCGUUUCCGUGCCUCGAAGGAGACUCAGGAGAAAAUUGAAGAAAUAGCAAGAAUCCGAUCAGAACUGCAAGCUAAAGGAGCAUACCUGCCUCCCGAGAGGCCUAAAGAGGCUCACUUCGACUCUAACUGCAUCACCCCAGGAACACCUUUCAUGGACAGACUGAGCAAAUGUUUGCAUUAUUACAUACAUGACAGACUCAAUAAUGAUCCUGGAUGGAAGGGGAUAAAAGUGAUACUAUCUGAUGCUAAUGUUCCCGGGGAGGGGGAACAUAAAAUUAUGGACUACAUACGCAGACAGAGAGCUCAACCGGACCACGACCCGAACACGCAGCACGUGCUCUGCGGCGCUGAUGCCGACCUCAUCAUGCUGGGCCUGGCGACCCACGAGCCCAACUUCACUAUCAUCAGAGAGGAGUUCAAGCCCAACAAGCCGCGACCGUGCGACGUGUGCGGCCAACUUGGUCACGAAAUGAAGGAGUGCACCGGCACCUCACCAGACGCUGCCCUGGUGCGGUCGGACCCAGCCUUUGGUAACCAGGACAGCUUCAUAUUUGUGAGGCUCAGUGUGCUCAGAGAGUAUUUGGAGAAGGAGCUCCAAAUGCCCAACCUGCCGUUCCCAUACGACUUCGAGCGAGCGCUGGACGAUUGGGUUUUUAUGUGCUUCUUCGUUGGCAACGACUUCCUGCCGCACCUGCCCAGCCUCGAGAUCCGCGAGGGCGCCGUGGACCGACUCGUCAACCUGUACAAGAAGUGCGUCUACAAGACACGGGGUUGGAUCACGGACUCGGGCGACGUGAACCUGGACCGGGUGCAGGUGAUCAUGGACGAGCUGGGCCGCGUGGAGGACGAGAUCUUCCGGCGGCGGCACCAGAACGAGGUCAGCUUCAAGGCGAGGGAGAAGGCGAAGAAGCAGCAGAAGAUCAACUUCCAGCUGCUGGAGAAUACGCAAUUUGCGCCUACCGCGUUAGGUGGCGGCGGCCGCAACACGGUGCAGAACGCUCGGCGGGAGGCGGCCGAGAUCCGCAGAGCUGGUAUGCAAGCUGUAGCAGCUCGGGAAGAAGAAGAAAGCCGUUCGCGCAAGCGCUCAGCGUCACAAGCCGGCCUGGAUGACGAUGAUGAUGAGAAGCACGACGAAGUGCGCCUCUGGGAGGAGGGCUUCAAGGAGCGCUACUACGAGAGCAAGUUCGAGGUGGACAGGGAGAACCUGGAGUUUAGGUACCGCGUGGCGCUGCAGUACGUGCGCGGGCUGUGCUGGGUGCUCCGCUACUACUACCAGGGCUGCGCCUCGUGGAAGUGGUACUUCCCGUACCACUAUGCGCCGUUCGCGUCCGACUUCGUGAACAUCUGCGGCCUGAGCACCAAGUUCGAGAAGGGGACGAAGCCGUUCCGGCCCCUGGAGCAGCUGAUGGGCGUGUUCCCGGCGGCCAGCUCGCAGCACGUGCCCAAGCCCUGGGCGCAGCUCAUGAGUGAUCCCUGUUCGCCAAUAAUAGACUUCUACCCGACGGAUUUCAAAAUCGACCUAAACGGCAAGAAGUUCGCGUGGCAGGGCGUCGCGCUGCUGCCCUUCGUGGACGAGGCCCGGCUGUUCAAGGCCCUGGAGCCCUACUACAAGGAUCUGACGCAGGCUGAGAUACAGCGCAACAUCCGCGGCCACGACCGCCUGUACGUGUGCACGGGCAACCAGAGCUAUGAGUUCCUGCUCGGCCUCUACCAGGCGGCCGGCGCUGAGCUCAAGCGGCUCGUGGAGGAGGAGCAGGCCUACCCGUACAGGAGCGAGGGAGCCAGGGGGGAGGUGAUGCUGAGCGCGGACAAUGUUAUCAUCGGGGGUCAACUCCCCUCCCCCGUGGUGGGGCUGCCGGCCGUGCUGGACAACCGCGUGGUGUGCGUGCGCUACCGCGACCCGGAGUACCCGGAGGAGUUCGUGUUCCCGGCGCGGCGGCUGCGCGGCGCCGCCGAGCCGCCGCGGGUGCUCCGCCCCGGCGACCUCGCGCACCAGGAGAGCAGGAACUGGCGCCCGCAGAUCGGUAUGGUCCGCUCGCACACCGUGGCCAGCCUGGAGGCGGCCGGGCACCGAAUGCUGGGCCACCACCUGCCGCCGCAGGGCAGCUACUCCUCCGUGCCGCCACCACAGCACAACCGAUCACACUCCUUCGGGCCGCAGCGCAGCGGCUACGUGCCUCACCAGAACUACGAUCAGAACCAAGGGAGACCAGAAUACAACCGCUCCGGUUAUCAAUCUAACCAGGACCGGUUCGGGAACCAGCGCCACAGCCAGAACAGGUACGGCAACCAGGGGUACUCCAGCGGCCAGGGUCCGAGGCACGGACAGAAUAACCAGGGUUACUCGUCGACCAAAAACCACACUCAGGGCCAGGGUUACGGCAGUCAGAAUCAGAGGUACGGGCAAAAUCAGAACCAGGGCGGCUGGAGACCCCAGGGCCAGAAUCGGGGGAACUCCACGUGGCGUUGAGUCUAUAGCUUUUUUUUUAGGAUGUAAAUAGGUAAAUAGGAUUCGUACGAGCGAGCGGACGGAGUGAUUUUUGUAUAGAUUUGUAGAUGGUGCUAAAGAUGAUAUUUUCCAGAAAUGGUUGAUUUAUUUUGACUUUCCUUUAUUGAAUAUAACGAACACCUUGGGAAGUUGUUACUUUGUGUACCAUAUUUACUGAUUCUGCCAGACAGGCACAGGAUAUAACUUUUAUAUGAUUGUAAGGAAGACACCAUUAUUCUCACGGAGUUUUGCAAACAAAAAGUAAAUGAAAUAAAUUUUAAAGAACAGUUAUAUUUUUUUAUAUUGGCUAUUUCAUAUAAUUUUAUGGCGUCUAUAAACAUAUUAUUCAAACACUCGAAAUAUAAUUUCCCGUUUGCUCGUUUGUUCGAUUUAUUAAAUAAAUGUACAAAACCACAUUUCCACAUGCGCGUAUUUUAUUACGUGUUAAUUUUUCGUUUAGAAAAUAUCUUGUAUAAUGCAAUCAAAAUAAGGACCUCGCUCGGCGGGAGUACGGGACUUGCAAGAAGGGCACUAAUACAACUUGUUUCUUAAUGUCUCAUUGCUACAAUGUUUCAAGGUGAUUGUAUAAAAAUUCUAUGUAAUUUUAUAUACUAACGUGAAAUAAAAAAUACAAUCGUUUUUGAGCAUAGAAAUGGAUUGUUCGUAGAUUUAAGUUCGGUCGAGAAGUUCUAGAAGAUUCCAAAUCCGAAUCUGAAGGAUUUCGUUGGUAACUCACAUAUGCCUAUUGUACAUUUAUUUGUAUGUAUAUCUGCUGAUUGAAGACAAUUACCGUAUCGUGGUAAACCCUGUUUUAUAUAACUUUUGCGUCGCAGAGAAUUUAUGAUUGAUUAAUUAUGUAUUUUUAUUGAUUUGGUUAGGAAUAUUGGCCGUAAUGAAAGAAGUUAAAAUUUUACACUCGAAAUGUGUUCAUGAUUUUUUUGGGGUCAACAUUUCUAACAUUGUAACGUAUUUUGUAAAAAAAAAUAUUACAUUAACGAUUAAUUCUUUAUUAAGCUUCAUAUAAGCUUCAUAUUUCAUCAGAUAGUUCUGGGAUCCAGGAAACAUACACAUUUUGGCCGGGAGAAAGUUGAAGCUUGUAAUAAAUUAAUGACAUAAAUAUUACCUAUACCCCACUGGGGGGCAAGGAACGUCACACGAAGAUUGAUUUUAUAAUUAUCCUUUACGGCCUUAUGAAGAAAUAUUUGCAAUGUUUAAAUUUAGUUUUAAGUGAUAGGUUUCAGUAAUUAGCCAAUUGAAAUGACAGAACACUUGAUUUUAUAAUAAUUAAGUUCACAAAUAAACGAU